GGUAUCCUUUAGGAUCGAAUUUAACAAGUAGCUAUCCAGAUCAGUUGCUCAGAUGAUUACCGUUUGUCCGCAGAAAAGUCAGUGCAGGGUCCAGUUAAUAUCUAAAAGGUGAUAAAUUCAGGAGCUUCACGUCAUCACCAUGGACCAACAGGUCACUGAAGAUGCACAACAGUAUUUUUCUGUCCCUGCCAACAAUGAUCAUUGGGACAGGGUGAGACACAUCUGCCUGGACCAUCUUUUCAAAUCAAACAGAAGGCACAUGGCCACGCAUUCUCCUCAGAAGACGCAUCAGUGUACCUACUGUGAGAAAAUGUUCCAUCGAAAGGAUCAUCUCAAGAACCACCUUCAAACACAUGAUCCAAACAAAGAGGCAUUUAAGUGUGAAGAGUGUGGUAAGACCUACAACACCAAGCUUGGUUUCAGGCGGCACUUAACUAUGCAUGCUGCCACCAGUGGAGACCUGGCAUGUAAGGUGUGUCUUCAGACUUUUGAAAAUACCCAGGUACUUCUUGAGCAUCUGAAGACACAUUCAGGAAAGUCUUCAGGAGUAAUUAAGGAAAAGAAACACCCAUGCGAUCAUUGUGAUCGGCGAUUCUACACUCGGAAAGAUGUUCGAAGGCACAUGGUGGUCCAUACAGGAAGGAAGGACUUUCUUUGCCAGUAUUGUGCCCAGAGGUUUGGACGGAAGGAUCACCUAACAAGACAUGUUAAAAAAAGUCAUUCACAAGAGUUGCUUAAAAUUAAGACAGAAAGUCCAGAUAUGUUGGAUGUCCUCAAUUCUAGCCCACCAGUAACGGUGAAGGAGGAGCCUAAUCCUGUGAUGUGUAUGGCUUCUAAGGACAUGAUGGGGAAGUCUUUUCCUAGCAUGCUACCAAUGGGCAUGUAUAGUAGUCACUUUCAGAACAUGUCAAAUUCUGGAGUUUCACAUUCUUUGGUUUCAAGCCCAUUAACAAUGGGAGUGGGCUGUCCCAUAGAAUCUCCAUCCCCAAUCCACUCCCCUCCUCCUCAACAUCCUCCAAAAUACCAGCACGGAUCUACCUCAUAUGCUUCGGGCUUGUCUGAGAAGGCACCAAAAAUGGAGACUGAUAACUUCUACAUGGACUUGCAUAGCAAUAUGGCAGUUACACCUAAUGAAUCUCAAACAAAUUCAGCUAAAAUUGGAUUGGAACCUCAGAUGGGAUAUCUGGAUGAUGUGUUUGGGGAACAUAUGCUCUCAAAAAACCCUACUAUCAUUUCAGAAUCUCUUUGUGCUGCUAAUAUGGAUUUCUCUCAUUUACUGAGUUUCUUGCCACUGAAUAUUCCUCCUUAUAACCCACCUGGGUCUACAGGUGGGCUAGUCAUGGGCUACUCUCAAGGGGAGCAGCAGUCUUCACUUACCUCUUUGCAGCCUCAACCUCAAGAUUCACAGAAUUCUGGGGGUGGUCUUAGCCUUGGACCUCUCCAUGCAUUGCCUCCUGUCUUCACUUCCAGUUUGAGCACAACCACCUUGCCUCGUUUUCAUCAGGCAUUUCAAUAGACUUCUUUACCAGGGAAGGAGAAAAACAGGGUAAAGUGGCACACGUGUGGAAUCAACAGGUCUUCCUAGACAGACUGAGAACAACUCGCUGUGUGCAGCUACCUGUGAAAUCAUAAAGGAUAUCUGAACAUUUUAUUCUGCAGCGAGUCACCUUAAAAUGUACUUUGUGGGAUACAAGACCUUCUCAAGCGUGACUUCGAAAGAUAAAACAAGGAACCUGGCCACAAUAAAUUGCACCUUUUCUGCAUAGAAAAAAGGAUUGUAAUUAAAGAAACAGGAUCCAUGUCAUUCUGCUGUUACUGCCAGAUGUUGCUUUGAAAGACUUUUUAAUUAAAUGGUCUCUGUUUUACAGUUAGUGUUUACGUUUUAAUAGAUUUUUUUCCUCCUUUUCAAUAGGACUUAUUGGUUAUCUUCUGUAUCAGCCCUGGCUGCUAGCCAUAGGAUUUAAAGAAACCUCAGACUGCCAUUUGUUUAAAGUUUACAUUCAAGGCUGCUAUAUGUGUUUGACCGAUGGUGGCAGAUUUCUUUUUCACAUGGCAUCUCUGUAAUUAUGUAAAGGAGUGCUGUAUUUUUCCCCACCAAGCAUAACAGCCUGCUGGUAACCAGCUUUGUUUAUGAGCAGGUUUUCUUUUUCGUUAACUUGAUAUUCCUGGAAAGUUAAAAUUUAAACCAGAAAUAAGCAGGUGAAAAGGGAUGCUGCACCCUUGUUCAGAUAUUGUGGCUAUAAUAAUGUAUGGAAGAAUUUUUAUCAUCCCUAGCCUGCCUUAAACGGGCAGACUUUUCAAACUCUUUUAGCACUUAAAAGGACCUCUGAGUAGUAUACCAUGGGAUAGAGUAUCUCAUUUUUGUGAAUUCUAAAUUGAAAAAAAUGUGCUUUUAAAUAUACGUAUUUCUGUAUGUUAUAAAUAUUUUUGAAAAUCAAGCAACGUUUUAUUGGAUACAGUGUUAAGUGAUCAGUACGGUAACAUUUCAUAUUAGCCGGUUUUGAGUUGUAUUAUACUGGGAGUAAAAUGAAACAAAUGUAA